AUGUUAAUGUUGGAGUGUGCCGUUCCUGCGGCGGAGGUCGCCAGACAGUGCGAACGAGACUUCAUCGAACAAGAUAACAGACCCGACGAUAUUUUGACUGUCCUGCUAGGCCUACAUUGUGAUUGGAUGGGUUUGACUCUGUGUCGUUGGCUGUUUAAAAGCCACAGUGUGAAGAGGAAUACUCCUUCACCACCAUCAUCAUGCUCUCCCUCGCUCUACCAAGCGAUAGCUGUCACUCCAUCCUUGCGCCUCGCUGUCCUACUGGAUUCACCCUCUGUUCCCCUCAGUGAUCCACGGUCACAAUGGAGUCCCUUUCAUAUGUCUCCAAACAUGCAUGUUUGUGAUUCGGGGUCUGGCGUCUGUCGAACUCGUGUGGAACAGAGCAGCGAUGCAGCAAGGGGUGCAGUGGGAGUGAAAUCAGGGCUACAUGUGUGGGAGAUACUUUGGGAGCCAGGGCAACGUGGCACCCAUGCCCUCAUAGGUGUGUCUACGAAACACUGCCCGUUACAGAUGUCAGGUUACACCGCUCUUGUGGGCGCGGACGCACAAACCUGGGGAUGGGAACUUUCGUCCAAUCAGCUGUGGCAUAGUGGAUGGCAGGUGGGACAGUAUCCUGUGGGUGAUGAGACAUGGCAGGGUCCUCUGAAGGUUCCAGAACGUGUGUUGGUAGUUGUGGAUGUGGAUGCAGGCAUGUUGGGUUAUGCUGUGAACAGUUCGUUCCUAGGCGUGGCCUUUAGGGGUCUCCCAAGAGGAGAGGAGCUUUACCCCGCUGUCAGUUGUGUUUGGGGCGGAGCACGUGUACGCCUGCGCUACCUCAGUGGCAUGGGCCGUGAUCCUCCUUCCCUGUUGUCUUUGUGCCGUCUGUCUGUCCGUCAGACAAUGGGGACGGACAGACAGACUCAGACAGACAGGCUACCACUUCCUCGCGCUCUACAGCACCACCUGCUGGCCAAGUACUGA